AUGGCUGUGUCUAAGAAUGCAGCUGGAUAUAGUGGUUUGACAGAAGAUGAGGAGAAGCAGUUGAAAGCACUGUUGAAUAAGGCUCAGCAGGCUCCGAAGGCGUCUGGUGGAUCAGCAAUGACUGAUGCUUCCAAGCGUUUGAGGGGAGAGAGUGAUUCGGACUUUGAAGCAGUUGGAUCUCCAACUACUCCAAGUGAGCUCUUCCGAAGUGAAGAUCGCAAGGAGGUUCCAUUGCCAAAGAAUUGCACUCUGAAGGAGUGGUCUCACACGGUGUGCCAGCUUCCGAAAGUCAAUGGUGAGCCGAAGUGGAACGGAAAGACUUAUUCUGAACUGCUUAGGAUGGCUAUUGAUGGUGACAUUGAGCUGGACAAGUAUCUGGGAUUCAUUUUCAAGAAGUAUCAUGGGUUCUAUGAUGGAACUCACAAGUCUCAAGCCGUGGACUUGGCUGGGAAUCCCGUCCUUUUGGAGGCAGCUUUUGAUGACCAUGGGGACUGUGACAGUCUCAUUGCCGAUGCCUUCCCACACAUGGUGGACGAGGAGAGGCGGGACAACGUAGCAGUGUUGCUGCAGUGGAAGCAUGAAGUGACAAGGCCAUUGAAGAGGUUUAGACUGGAAACUGUCGCUUCUGCAUUGCAUGUUUUGCCCCUGCCCAAUGCUUUGAAUGUUCAAGAUGAAUAUCAGCGGAUUACGAAGACCAGUGUCCACUGCAUUCUCGAAAUGCAUACAAAGAGGAAGCAGAAGAAGUACAGAGAGGACGCACCAGAUGUCCGCUCGAGGAAGUUUGAAUCCGAACGGAAGAAGUAUUCACUUCUGCUUGCACAGGUCAUGAUCAAUGCAGGCCUCCCCAUUGUGGCUUUGAUUCAGACUCUUGAGGAUUCCAAUUCUGCAUGGAUCCACAUCUUCGCUGCCAGGCGUGCCAACACGUUGAAGAGCAGGUACAAGGUUUGGAAGCCCUUCGAGAAAUGGCUCGAGACCCAUCGCGGGUAUCUUUUCCCCAAGUCUGUCAAGGAUGCAAUUGAUUACAUGCAGCAUCGGGUUGACGAGCAGUGCGGCCGCACGGUGCCUGAGUCGUUGGGCAUCACAUUGGGCAUGCUGGAGCAGCUUGGAAGGGUACCGGAGUCAGACAGGAUUUCAGAUGAUCCCCUAUGGAGGGGGCAUGUCAAGUCUUGGACGGCGGAGCUCAGUGAGGAUGCCCCUGCUCGCAAGCCUGCUGAGAUGUUUACAGUGGCAAUGGUGCUUGCACUGGAGUUGCUGGUGGUUGAGGAUUCCGAGCCCAUCUUCACACGAGCUCUGGCUUGGAUUGUCCUCAUCAUGGUGUGGGGAGCAAUGAGGACCAUUUCUUUGACUGGUGAAGAUUGGUUGAGAGCUGGAUUCGACAUUUGGGAAUCAGAACAGUUUUCAUUCCCACGUGACUACAUGGUGAUGGAGCCUUCCAAGUGCUGGACAAAGGUGAAGCGUAAGUUUGUGACACCUGCUGGGUUGAGCUCGCUUAUAGGGAAGCUGCUGAGCACCCUCAACUGCCCGAGGCGAUCAGGCGUGGGCUGGGAGUUGAUGCCUCAUGUUCUCUUGCUGCCGGAUGGCCUGGAGUCAUUUUUCUCAGGCCACAGCGCACGGAAUUUCCUCACCUCAAUUGCUGCGGUGAUUGGCUUUUCUCGUGACGAGAGAGCUUACUUGGGGAGGUGGUCGAUGGGGAUGACCUCAUCUGAGGAGUAUGUCAGAACAUCGAGGCAGGUGGUUUUCAAGAUUCAGCGUGCAGUCAACCGGACAUUGGUUGAGGGUCUGGCUGAAGUCUAUCAUGAGGACGAAGCCAUCCAACGUUUGUGCGAUGCUGCAGAAAGAUCUGGAGCAAACCUCAACAGGAUCAGGAAGAGGCAUUCAGUGCUUUCAGACUGGAUGGGGAGACAUUCUUUGGGAGGCACUUUUCCCACACUGGAGGUCCAUGAGGGCGAUUGGCAAGACCAUGCAGAAGGAGCUGACACGGAGAUGGAGCUGGCAGCAAAAGUUGCUGAGUUUUCGAAGAAGGAAUCAUUGGCUGGUGAUCACUCCAGCAAAUACUUCAUCACAAUCUCUCGGAGGACUUGCUUGCGCCGUUUGCACCUCAGUGGAUGCUUUGUCAAGCCAGACAGAUGUUGUGAAGUGACAUUUGUCGAUCAAGUCACUUGUGAUGAUUUUGAUUCAGUGUGUCAAGCUUGCAAGAAGAAGAUGCUAGCAGAGUGUGGGAGGGAUGGCGGGGAGCAGUCCUCGUCGACAGCCUCCUCGUCUUCCACAGCCUCAGAGGCGGAGGAUUUGGAAGUUCACACGUGCUUUUUAGGUAAAGGUCUUCCGGUUGCUCGGCUUCUUUUGUUCUUUCUUCUAGGUCGGUCGAGGCUUCUUAGGCAUUACGGAAAUCUCAGGAAGUUCACUGCCUUAGGAGACGAUCGUGCCUCUAUCAGGACGUCUUGCUUGCAUGACUUUGCGAUCGUGGCUGACACCCCAGAGCGUAGGACGAAGUCUAAGGCGAAAAUGCCUACAACCACGGAGGAAUACAGGAAGAUCAUGAAGGUUGAGGCAUACACAUGGCUGUGCAUGGCUUCGCGGUACAAAGCAAAGCAUUGGUCGCAUGGAUUGACAAUGGAGCCCUUCUUGAAAUUUACUGAAUACAUUUUAGGAGAUCGGGUGUUUGGAAUCCAGAUACCGGCUUCAGCCAGUGACACUGGCCAACAGAAGGUGCGACCAGAUUGGUCCAUAGUGCUGGCCUAUGAACAGAGGUUGCGGAAGGAGGCCAUGAAAAAGGUCUUGGAGGGCCACACACUCAGUGAAUCAUUGCUGGCCGUCAUCAGGGAUCCAGACCUGAAGGAGGCGUACUUUACAACUCCGGUUGCUCUCAAGUCAGCCAUGUCGGACACCCAGCAACCCAAUAAGUGGCAACGAUUCAACAGCAAAGGUGGUUUUUCUGGCAAGCAAUCCCCUUCGUUUUCCAAGGGGAAAGGGAAAUCUCCCAAGGGCAAAUCCAAAGGCAAAUCUUUGGACCAACGUCUCAAAGGAUUGAGCCUUGCUUGGAGGACACCAGAUGGUCGUGAGCUCUGUUUCGCUUGGAACAGUGGAGAAUGCGAUGGCAAAAACUGGUGGGCCGCUUCCUACUCUGAAGGUGGUUUAUCUUUUUGCUGGGAAAAGGUCGAAGAGGCCAAUACUUUUGUGGACAGAUGCAUUCAGGCAUGUCAUAUUGUGGCUGACACUGGAGGGCAUUUCAUUCUGGAACAUCCAGAAGAUCUGGGCUCAGUUGAGGGCGAACUUCCCGGCUCCAUAUGGCAGUGGCCUGAGGUGUUAGAGUUGAUUCCUUGUUGCAAUGCCAUUUCAUUUGCAGUGCACCAGUGUCAGUUUGGGGCACCUACGCCCAAACCUACUCGGUUCAUGACAAACAUGGAGGUCACCGACAAGCGUUGUUUCAUGUCCCUUCCAAAGUUUGAUCGGCUUGGUUUUUACAAGGGUCCACUUCCCAGAACUUGCGGGCAUAUUCAUAAGAAGAAGCUCAUUGGGAAAACAGAUUCCCACUGGAAUACAGCACCCAGUGCAGCUUACCCUGCACAGCUUUGCAAAUUUAUUGCAGAUUUGUUUCUUCAUGCUCGCGCAUCCUGCGGAAGGGGCGACAGGACCAAAUCUACAACUGAAAAAAGGCUGGCUCCUCAGACGGCGGAAAGUUUCCAGCCACCCCACAAGAAAUGCAAGACAGUACAAGUGGAUGGUGGUAGUACCACGGCUGUUGCGCAGGCAUCUGCAUGUUUGGCAAAAGGUUCAAGUCAGCCUCAAGUUGAGGCACCCAUUGGAACAGUUGAGCCUGGUCCCCAAGUUGGGGCACAAGCAGAAGAGGGUGAGUUUGACUUCAAGCGUUGCGGGAACUCUGGCAAACCCAUCUCAGUGGAAUGGGACCGAACUCAUAAGGAAUUUACAGAUGGUUUUGGUUUGUGCAGUCCAGGCAGAUGGAGGCCUUCACAAAGGGGUGUUCAGAGAAGUUCAGAAAUGGUGCAGCUGGCUGACAACUCAUUUGACAUUUUGGUUUCUUGCGUUGUGGCGGUGAUUCCUGAUUUGAGGACGGAAGCCUUUAAACUUGUUACUGGAAAGCUCAUGGAAUCGCCUUUUUCAGCAGAUACAUUGGCCGGAGUCCGCGCCAAACUUUUUGCACUUCUUCCGGACCCAAGGGGGGCAGCUGUUGUUGAUGAUGGCCAACCUUUUCACUUGAGAGCACUUGCACAAUGGCUACAGGUGUUUGCUGACGAAGAUGCUAGGUGGUUGGUGGAUGAGAAAGAAUCUUUUGCAACGGGGGUUUGUCUGGGAGUUGAAAAGGCGUUGCCACGGUCUCCACAAGUUUGCCCUCCCAAGCUGAAGCACCGGCGCUUGGACGAUACGGAGUUUUCUCCGAUAGCACAGAACUACCCAUCUGCACAGAUGUCUUCGAAGGAGUUGGAGGAGAAGUUCCGUGAAGAAGAGGAACUCAAUCGCAUGUUUCCUUCUAAGCUGGGAGUUUUGAGGGAGGAAUAUGGUGAGCGGCUUAGAGUGGCUUCGAUGGCAGCCAUCCAAAAACCAGAUGGCACUGUACGUCCGCUUCACGACGCAACUCACUCUGUCAUGGUCAACCACUCCAUUAGAUACCAGGACAAGAUAGAGUGCCCUGGGCCAGCCGAGAUCUCGGCGAUUGUCAGGGAGGCCACUGAGACUGGCGAAGCCGCCUUUUGCGUCAGCGCUGACAUUCGUGCUGCCCAUCGUUUGGUCAAGGUGAGGAGGGCUGAUUGGGGCUAUAUGUGUUGCAAAGCAGAUUCACAGUCAGAUGUUAUUUGGGUUAACCGGACGGGCACAUUUGGUAUUUCCAGUGCACCAUAUUGGUGGUCGAAACUUGCUGGCUUGCUGGGGAGAUUCGUUGGUUACAUGUUUCAUCAGCGUUGGAUGAUGCACAUGAUCUAUGUGGACGAUCUCCAUGGCGUCUUUGCCGGGGAGCACAAGUUCCUGUUCUUGUGGGUCUGGCUCCUUGCGUUUGAGGUUGCAGGUACGCCAUUUGGAUACCACAAAUUCAAGGGUGGAUAUGCUUCAGAGUUUGUUGGGUUUCAGCUGCGAUAUGACUUGGUGGAGGUUGGAAUUUCAGUAAAGCGCGGCACUUGGAUUACUCAGUGGGUGGAGAAGGCAAAGGCAAACAGAUAUGUUGUCCAGGCGAGAGACUUCGCUGAAUUCCUUGGAAGGUUGGGAUUCAUUGCACAGUUAUUAAUAUGGUUGAAACCACACUUGGCUCCGCUCUUUUCAUGGGCGGCUGUGACAGCAGCUGGAACAGUUUGCAGGCUUCCAGAUACAGUCAUUUUGACACUUCAAUACAUAGCCGCAGAGUUUGGGCGCGAGACCUUUUUGGUGUCGGCUUUGAGGCCAAGGCAUUUUGAAGGGGAACAGUUUCGGACGGAUGCAAAAUGCACGGAAGAGUUUGUGGUCCUCGCUGGUUGGGAAUUAAAAUCAAAGAGAUGGUUUUCUGUGAAGCUGGGGCCUUCUGAAGUCCCGUAUCUUUUCAAGCCUGGCUUGGGUGCUCAGUGGGCAUCCACCUCUGCGGAACUCCUUGCAUCGCUGCUUGCACUACAUAUGUUUGGCUGGUUGGAUGAGACAAAGGAGAGGAAAGCGAUUGAGAUCUCCCUAGUAGGGGGAACAGACAAUCGCGCAAAUGAAUCGCUGUCUGCAAAGAGGUCAACGACGAAAUGGCCUCUGAUGGGGAUCAACAUGCAACUUUCUUCGGCUCUUUCGAGGGCGCGCUUGAGCCUUGGGUUAAGAUGGAGACCUCGUGAAGAGAACACUGAGGCUGAUCAACUUACAAAUGAAGUUUACGAUGGUUUCGAACAGGCACAGCGCUUACAUGUUUCCUGGGGGGAUUUGGACUUGGGGGUCCUGGAUGGUUUGAUUCGAACAAGAGAAGAGUUUGUGCGGUUGCGGGAAGUCGCAAAGGAGUCUUCGAAGCUGGCCCCCAAAGUGAAGGGGAAGAAGUUUGACAAAUCACCUUGGUAG